AUGUCUUCUCCGCCUGUAUCACAGAUCCACCUCCGGACGCCGCCAGAGCCAGGCAAGAAAUCCGCGGCCCGGACAUACAUCAUCUACUUCAUCACGGGCAACCCUGGACUCGUGGAAUACUACCGCACUUUUCUGACCCACCUGUACGGCCUGCUGAGCCAUGACACGGCCUCUGACCGCGACGUGGAGUUUCAGGUUUAUUCGAGGAGUUUGUCCGGCUUCGAGAUGACUAGUGCGGAGAUCAAGACGAUGAAGUGGCGCAAGCAGCCGCCUUAUGGGCUGCAGGAUCAGAUUCGCCAUUGCGAGGAUGAGCUUACUGAGCUGGUUGAGGAAGUCAAAGAGCAGGGAGCAAAAGAUGUAAGAGUUAUACUUGUUGGACAUUCCGUCGGCGCCUAUAUCUCGUUGGAGGUGAUUCGUCGAUUGAGGGCGCAUGGUAUGGCGGGCGAAGAUUUCGAAACGAGGAUUGUUGGGGCUGUGGGUUUGUUUCCUACUGUUGUGGAUAUUGCGAGGAGUGAGAGUGGGAUGAAGGCUGCUCCCUUUCUCAAGAACUCCAAUUUCUCAGUCUUUGCGGCCUUGUUCGUCAGCUUCAUAACCAUGUUUCUCCCCAUAUCCUUCCUGGCAACACUAGUAGCGAAGUUCAUGGACUUCCCGCCUGAUGCAGCUCACACCACCGCCUCGUUUGUCAAAUCGCCGCAUGGCAUCCAGCAAGCGCUCCACAUGGCGCGCGACGAGAUGUUCCAAAUCGACACUGACAUUUGGGAUGAGGAGAUAUGGGGAGCAUCGGCCGCUGAGCCAGCGACUACACAUCCCCACCCCCGGCCCCUUCUGCGCUUCCUGUUUGCUCGCAAAGACCACUGGGUAGCGGAUUCGACGCGAGACGCGCUGAUGAACAAUCGCGGUAGGUUCGGGACGGGUGGUGUGGAGGAAAUUGAGGGUGUGGGUGAGAAUUGGAAACCAAUCAUGGAAAUUGAUGAGAGGGAGGGUUGGUCGCAUGGCUUCUGUAUUAGACACAGCGUCCCCGUGGCGGAGAAGGUGGCGGUUUGGGUUAGAGGGAUUGUGGCGCAGGAUUCGACGAAGAAGUAG